GCAUGAUAAGUCAGUUCUUUUGUACGAACAAGAGAUGGAACUGGUCCUUGUCCUCCUGUUGGCCGUCACAAGUGUGUCUGGGUGUGGUGUACCCACAUACCAGCCCAACACCAAUCGAGUGGUGAACGGGGAGGAAGCUCGUCCAUACAGCUGGCCAUGGCAGGUGUCCCUGGAGUCUUUCUUCCCCACCUGUGGAGCGACACUCAUCGCUCCCAACUGGGUCUUGACAGCAGCACACUGCAUCACGUUCCACACUUACCGGGUGGUCCUUGCCGAGCACGACAUGAACAAGGAAGAGGGACCUGAGCAGUCCAUCAUGGUGGAGAAAAUGAUCAUCCAUCCCAAAUGGAAGGACAACUGCCCGUCCUGUGGAAAUGACAUCGCCCUGCUUAAACUGGAGAGGAGUGCGGUCAUUAACGACAAGGUUGAGCCGGCUUGCCUGCCCCAGCACGGCGCUGCUCUGGCCCACAACCAGCCCUGCUACGUCACAGGCUGGGGUCGCCUCUAUUCUAACGGCCCGAAGGCAACUACGCUACAGCAGGCCCUACUUCCUGUGGUGGAUCACAGCAUCUGCAGUCAAAGCGACUGGUGGGGUAGCUCAGCUAAGACGACAAUGGUGUGCGCAGGAGGAGAGAGCAAGUCGGCCUGCCAUGGCGACUCUGGAGGCCCGUUGAACUGUAAGGGCAGAGACGGCAGAUGGUACGUCGAAGGAGUGACUAGCUUCGUGGAUGGACGCGGGUGCAACACCCCGCAAAAGCCCACCAUCUUUACCCGCGUUGCUUCCUUCGUCCCCUGGAUCAGCGAGACAAUGGCCCGAAACUGAAGGACUGAACAAUAAACAGUGUAAUGAAAUGCUCAUU